CCUAAUUCAGAAAGACUGGACUAAACGAAAAUUAUACUUUAGAAGUCCUGCAAAAUUACUGCCAGCUGCGAUUCACGAUAUGGAGGUAUUCGAAGAUGAUGUUUGGAUUGUCACCAAUCCUAAAAGUGGCACCACUUGGAUGCAGGAACUUGUUUGGCUUCUGAUGAAUGAUUGUAACUUCGAGGCAGCACUAUCCAAAGAUCAGGAAUUACGUUCGCCAUUUUUAGAAUUCGAUUAUAUUAUGCACCGGGAUGUUGGAAGAGCAUUACAACCAGUGCAGGAGCUGGCAUCUCCUCGUAUUAUAAAAUCUCACCUUCAGCUGGCUUUUUUGCCCGCUCAACUUUGGCGAAAAAAACCGAAAGUCAUUUACGUCUUUCGCGAUCCCAAGGAUGCUUGGAUAUCAAGCUAUUAUCAUGGCGUUACUAUUGGUUUGAGAUAUGGUCAAACAUUGGAACAAUACAUAAGCGACGUACUGGAAAAAGAAGCCGUUCAGAGAGAUCCAAUUCUCCACGCCAUGGAGUUUUAUCAGCUACGAAAUGAGCCUUGGGUUUACUACACAAGUUUCAAUCGAAUGAAGCAAGAUCUGAGAAAAAUAAUCGAAGACCUAUGCAAGUUCCUUAAUAAGACUGUGACAGAGCAACAAAUGGAACGUUUGCUAAAGCAUUUAUCUUUCGAGGAAAUGAAAAAAAAUCCGACAACGAAUCAUCACUGGGAAUAUGCUCAAACACAUCUCCCAAACCGAGGCAAAGAAGUCUACAAUUUCACACGCAGCGGAAAAAUUGGUGGGUAUAAAGAAGAGAUGAAACCUGAACAGAUCGAGAAAGUUAAUCGCUUCAUAACGGAGAGUCUGCAGGCAAAUGAAGUUACACAGUCGAAGUGGAAAUCGUCUUAUUUUUCUGCGAAACUUCAGUCAACUUUAAAAAUGCAGUACGAGCAGGUCACACCGAAGAGCUAUCCAGUUAAUUUAAUAGAUAAAGACUGGACUCAGCGGAAACUAUAUUUUAGUAGUCCUGCAAAGUCCAUGCCAGAUGUGGUUCACGAUAUGGAGGUAUUAAGUGAUGAUGUAUGGAUUGUAACCAAUCCAAAAUGCGGCACCACUUGGAUGCAAGAACUUGUUUGGCUUCUGAUGAAUGAUUGUAAUUUCGAGGCAGCACUAUCCAAAGAUCUGGAAUUGCGUUCCCCAUUUUUAGAAUUCGAUUAUUUGAUACACCGUGAUGUUGACAGAGCAUUAAAGCCAGUUCAGGAUCUGCCAUCUCCUCGAGUUAUAAAAUCUCACCUUCAGCUGGCUUUGUUACCCGCUCAACUGUGGGAAAAGAAAGCAAAAUUAAUCUACGUCUUUCGAGAUCCCAAAGAUGCUUGGAUUUCUGGCUAUUAUCACGGUGUUACAAUUGGCUUUCGAUAUGGUACAACAUUGGAACAGUACAUGAACGACUUACUAAAGUCGGAAGCCGCUAAAAGAGAUCCAGUUCUUCAUGCUAUUGAAUUUUAUCAGCUACGCAAUGAACCUUGGAUUUACUACACAAGUUUCAAUCAAAUGAAGCUCGAUCUGAGGAAAGUAAUCGAAAAUUUAUGCAAGUUUCUUAACAAGUCAGUGACAGAGCAACAAAUGGAACGUUUGCUAAAGCAUUUAUCAUUCGAGGAAAUGAAAAAGAAUCCGACAACGAAUCAUCACUGGGAGUAUGCUCAAACACAUCACCAGAACAGGGGCAAAGAAGUGCACAAUUUCACACGGAGCGGAAAAGUUGGUGGGCAUAAGGAAGAGCUGCAACCUGAACAAAUCGAAAAAGCUGAUCAAUUCAUAACAGAAAGACUACAGGCAAAUCAAGUCACUCUCGAACAACUGUUGUUAAUAGACUAAUUUAUCAUUAAAGCAAUUCAAUUUAGAACUCAAUUACAUUUC